GAACUGGGAUGUUCAGCUGGAAACUAAGGAGCUGCAGAGAUCUACACUGCAGAGACACAUGCAUGUGAGAGAAUACUUCAGGAACUUCCUCAUGUAUUUGUCCUGGUUGGAAAUCUCGCUGAUGUCCUGGAGGUCUCUGGUUGAGGAAGCAUCCAGCUGCUGUGGGAUGUUUGACCAGCGUUAGUCAGCAGGACUGGCUGAGACCUGGAGGAGGGAGGUCGGGAUGAGCUGUGUCUGCUUUGGCAGGGAAACCUGUGAAGAAUGAAGGUGGACGUACUCACCUACCUGGCAGCAGCCAGCUUUGUCGCCAUGGUGACUGGUGGCCGCAGUUCAAGCCGCAGGAAACACAAGGAGGUCUUCCUUGGGGAGAACAGCAAGUUCAAGUUUGGAGGACGUAUUGACUACAAGCUGAAGAGGCAGGACAGCACCAAAACAUUACUAAUAAAAAGUGAACAACUGCUGAGGAUUGAAGAGCACGACUUCGCCAUGAGACCAGGCUUCGGAGGUGCGCCCAUCCCUGUAGGUAUUGAUGUGCAGGUGGAGAGCAUCGACAGCAUCUCAGAGGUCAACAUGGACUUCACCAUGACUCUGUACCUGCGUCACUACUGGAAGGACGAGCGGCUGGCGUUCCCGUCUGGAAACAACCAGAGCAGGACAUUUGACUCCCGGCUGGUGAAGAAGAUCUGGGUUCCUGAUGUCUUCUUCGUCCACUCCAAACGCUCCUUCAUCCAUGACACCACCAUGGAGAACAUCAUGCUGCGGGUUUACCCCGAUGGAAAAAUCCUCUACAGCGUCAGGGUCACUGUGACGGCUCUCUGCUCGAUGGACUUCAGCAGCUUCCCUUUGGACACACAAAACUGCUCGCUGGAGUUGGAGAGCUACGCGUAUAACGAGAAUGACCUGAUGCUUUACUGGAAAAAUGGCAACGACUCUCUGAGGACGGAUGAGAUCGUAUUGUCACAGUUCUUCAUUGAGCAUUUCCAAGCCUCCAGUGGCCUGGCUUUCUACAGCAGCACCGGCUGGUACAACCGUCUCUUCAUAACCUUCAUCCUGCGGAGGCACAUCUUCUUCUUCAUGCUGCAGACGUACUUCCCCACCAUGCUGAUGGUCGUCCUCUCCUGGGUCUCCUUCUGGAUCGACAGACGGGCCGUUCCUGCAAGAGUGUCUCUGGGUAUAACCACAGUGCUCACCAUGUCCACCAUCAUCACAGGAGUGUCCGCCUCGAUGCCUCAGGUGUCGUACGUGAAAGCGGUGGACAUCUACCUGUGGACCAGCUUCCUGUUUGUCUUCCUGUCUGUGAUUGAAUAUGCAGCUGUGAACUACUGCACCACUCUGGAGGAGAUGAGGAAGAUGAAGAGGGGGAAGAUCCCGUCCACCUUCAACGCCAGUCAAGCAAUGGCCUUUGACGGGUGUUUCCACGACAACGAUAUUGAGCUGACUACAUUCCCCCGUCUGGCACCCACCUUGACCUCCGACCCUCUGACAUCGCCAACCCAAAGCUCAGACAUGCGCCCCACGGAAGGGACUCGGCUUCGCCGGCAGCGGUCCGUACGUGAAAACGUGGACCUGCUGGUCAACAACAGCUACAUGAUCGACUCGUACUCCAGACUGGCCUUCCCUCUGUCCUACCUGCUCUUCAACACCAUCUACUGGAGCAUGUACUCCUGAUCCAGCACUCUACAAAUUGAGUCUGAGUGCUACAGAGGAGAUUCCUCAUCUGGACAGAGGUCCGCAGAGACUUCACUGAAAUGGCUCUCAGUUAGAGAGGCCUCAGCUACAUCCAGCUGAUGUUCUUUGCCGAAGAGCUGAGAUAAAAACCCUCGAGGACUCUCAGCCUGAGUACGAACUCUGUAAUUGUGCAUUUAUCUCAUCAGAGGGGCUUCAAAUCCUGAGAGUCAGACUUUUUCUGUUUGGAUGAUCUGUACAUGUGUCUUUGCUUUUUGUGCGUCAUCAUAGCCUCAAGCUCAAAGUUCAUAUCAAUAUGUGCUAUUGAUAUAUGAUAUCUUUGUCAAUUUCUCUAGCUACAAGAUAUUAAAUUAGACAUAAACAGCGUGAAUAUGUGCUUUUUGAAAUAUCAGAACAUCUGCACACGUUUAAACACUGUGACUGGAGCAAAGCAAACACUGUAAGUGUAAUUUGGUGUGUUUCUUGAUGAAUUUGUAUCUUGUUUGCAGUGUUGGAGUGUACGGGCAGAAAUAUUUCGCUGGAUUCAUGUGGGCUUUUCAACAUUUCUCAUCAUAAUAGUUAAAAAUUAUGUAAUUUCAUAAUCUUUUUUUUAUUUGAGAAAAAAAAUAUGGCUCAUUACGUAUUUGCAUUAACAAGAAAAUAUUGUAAGGUACAACAGGUGGUGGUUGGAUAAAAAAAGCAGUAUAGUGUAAAGGCUUAAAAGUUGUAUUUUGUUAACUUGCCGUAAACAUUAAAACAGCGGUUUUAUGUAAAGUUGUCAAAGGAUCCAUGCACCGGUUCUGCAAAAGCUGGAAAUAUGUUUGUACUUGAAAGAAAAUAUGAAUUAUACUAAC